ACAGGAUGCAUAAUAUAUACCCACGGAGCCGGAAGCCGUGACCUCUCAUCAGCAGACAACUAUAAAACCAGCUGAACGUCUCCUGCUUUCCUAUCCAUAGCACCGAGCAUCUUCAUCUUACUCUUCAAACAACUUUGCACAAAGACAUCCAAAAUGCAGCUCAUCAAUCUCUCCGCCCUCGCCCUUUUUACUACUUCCGCUCUGGCAGCAGACUGCUUCGGUAACAGGCAAGAUGGUAUCGAGCGGUUUGAGCAAGCAUACUGGGAUGCUCGCCAGAAGAUGUGCAGCAACUCAGACUGCACCUACCAGCAGGGCUGCACCACCAAGGGCUCAAAGACCAUCAAGGGACUAGCCUCUAUCACCGUCAAUGUCGAACUGAGCCGCAAGAACACUGGUGGCAAGAAGGGUUUCAAGGAUUGCUGGGAUGCUACUGAGAAUAUCAUCAACCAGUGCGUCAAGGGGACUCACCAGCUGAGUGGAACUUGGGAGUACAACGGUCAGCUGUAUCAAGUCAACGGAUACUACUCUUAAACCAAGGCAACGGGUUCGACAUGAUCGGGGAGACAGAAACGAGGGAGAAGGGAGACCCAUGUGGUCGUUAAGCGAUGACUUGAGACAGUUCCUGGGAUAUGUCUCGUUCAUGUGUAUACCGCCGACAUGUUGACUGUGGCCCGGCACAACAUGACAAAGUGUUGGAACAUGAGCAUCGUACUUCUAGCUCUGACAUAAGACAUCAACAUAAAGAUUUGGAAAUUCGAGU